AACAUGGCGUCGUCCUCUUCGUUAGGACGCGUUUUGACUCUGUGCAAACAGUUUCAGAGCAUGUUCAGGAUAUCUCCAGCCUUAAGCAGUCAACACUGCGCUGUCAAUUUGAAAAGAUGCCAGAGCAAUCUUCUAAGUAAACAAUCCUCCCUGAUCGCGUCUUCUUGGAUCGCUCCCAUCAACUGUUUCGGUCAGCAUCGAGCUGUGCACACGACCAUCAGCAGGAGAGGGCUGGAGGAGUUCUUUGAUCAGCCUGAGAACUGGGGAGAGUCCACUGUGAAGUCAGGAGCUCCAUGGAUGGCAAAACAGCUGAGAACAAAGAGCAAUGAAGACUUACACAAACUCUGGUAUGUGCUGCUGAAGGAGAGAAACAUGCUGCUGACACUGCAGCAGGAAGCAAAAAGACAAAGGGUUCAGAUGCCGAGUCCAGAACGGCUGAGGAAGGUUGAGCGGUCAAUGAUCAGGCUGGAGACAGUGGUGACUGAAAGGGAGACGACGUUGCGUCUGCUGCAGACGGGACAGGAGAAAGGCCGGCCAGGAGCCUGGAGGAGGAACAUGUUCGGAUAUGAAUACUGGUACCGAUUCAAAGAGUAUGCAAUUCCCUGGUACAUGAAUAAAAGAUACAAGCGCAAAAGGUUCUACACGCCCCAUUUUGUCCAACAUCAUAUCAGGUUGCGUCUAGAGAAAUUCCUUCGAGAAAAGGCCAGGAAGGUUGACUUAAAGAGGAAAAGUUUGGCCAAAUUAAAGGAGAGGUUUCCUCAGAUGAAGGCUCCAUCUUCCUGAAUUUGCAAAAAAAAAUAAAAAUAAAUUCUAUAAAUAUACUACAACUCAGCCACCUGUUCAUACAAUCUACUGCUGUUUGAGCACAUUCAUUUGUCCAGCUGUUAUACAAGAUAAACUAUGUUGUCUGGAUUGGA